AUGACUGGCAUUGCGGACGCCCUCCACAAUGCGAGGGCGGCGGUCGGCUUGAACGCAGUUGAAAGCCCCGAGGAGACAUGCCGCACGAUCCCUCGGCCUUGUUCUGCAUGGCAACAGCGCCAGGCGCUCGUUCCAAAUGUGGAAGUACGGAAUACCUUUGAGCCAGGCGAUGUCACCGCUACUUCUCCUUGGGCACUGUUGCUGCCCAUCACUUCCUUCGGCAUUGGCGAACAGGAUAACGCUAAGUGCAUGAGAAUGCUUGAGCGGUUCAAAGGCUCGCUGUUGAGUACCACUACUGCGGAUGACCGCAGUGCUAUCUCCAUUUGCGUCGCAAUUGAUGAUGGCGACCCCGUCUACACAAAGGGAAAGGUGGUUGGAUUCUUCAACGAUUGCGGCUUGGCAAGGGUGCAGGUCACCAUGGUACACCCUGGGUUCUUCGGAAAUGUUUGCACGAUUUGGAACCUUCUGGCGGCCAAAGCUGUCGAAGACUGCAAGGCUGACUACCUAGUCCUUGUGGGAGACGAUGUUGAGUUGGAGACCCCAGGGUGGAAGGGCGAGAUCGAGGCCUCCAUGCGCAACGUGUCUGAGGCUGCCGGACUGCCUCUGGGGAUGGCGUGCGUGGCGUUUCGUGACCUGACCAUGCCUGCGUUUCCGAGCUUUCCAGUCAUCCACCGCCGUCACGUGGAGGUUUUCGGAGCUGUGUUGCCUCCGGAAUUUGUAAACCAAGGUGGUGACCCAUUCCUCUUCGAGCUGUAUCGUCGUUUUGGUGCCUCCGCUUUCGCGGACACCGCUUCCCUGAAGAACCUCGUGGGCGGCAAAGAGGAAGCUCGGUACCCGAAGGUUGGAGUCCGCUGGCAAGGGGCCAUUCUCACGAGGGAGAUCGAACGAUUUUCAAGGCUAGUGCGGCCCACGGGGCCUCGUUUCAGGUGCUUGGGAGUGGUGGUGCCUACUUUCAGGAUCGCGAAAGUCGUCGCCUACCCGCCUUGGGGCGUCACAGCCAAUCUGUGCGUGAGCGGACGAUCGGGAGACAUCUGGUUUAGCCCGGCUUACCCCAAAACUGGAGGUGGCGAGGACGUAGACUUCUGCUUGAAGACGAGGCAGAAGUAUGGGCGUGACGCUAUUGUGGCGGUGCCGGGAGCUGCGGCGACGCACCCUUACUGGGCCAACCCCAUUCGCCAGGUGUGGGGAUGGGCCCGAGGCGACGCCCUCUGUCUCAGCUUUCAUCCGCACUCCACGUUCUAUCGCGCCCCUGAUUGGGCGGAGACCAUCGUCUUGAUUUGGUUGGUGUUCGGGGUCGCAAACAUCUGGAGCGUAACGCAGUGUCUCACGGCCUCCGGCGUUGUUGGAACAGUGGAGUUCUUGGAGGGAUUGGCCCACGUCUACCCGGGGACCACCGGGGCCGAGCCCUGGUCUGCGGUACUCCUCGCCCCGAUUCCGAGCAUGGUGCAGGAUGUAGCUCGUCUUGUCACCAAGCUGGCGCAAGGCAAUCUGUACCAACUCCUCUUGUCCUUCGACUGGAUGGAUGGGACGGAUGGGCACAAAUGGCGGACUGCUUCAAGGGUGCUCCACGCUGCCAAGAUUUCCGGAAACCUCUUGAUCGGCGUUAGCGCGGCGCUCGGAUACGGCCUGCAUUGCUCACUCGUGGUCGUUGCAGGGCUAGUCAUGCCCUUCAGGUGGCAGACACCCGGUGCAAGGAGAAAGGCCACCAAUCAGAGGGCGCCGGCCCGGUUCGUCGUGCUAGCGUGGCAGCGUACUGGGAGCAACUUGCUGUGUGGUCUGCUGCACAACCACUCGGGUGUCUUCAUGCACAACGAAAUAUUCCACAACCGCGCCAUCCACACCUACCACCAAGACCGCCUGGAGAAGUGGGAAUGGACGGUGGCCCGCCGCGAUGCCGACCCGAGACGGUUCAUCUCUGAGGUCUGGGCGCGUUCGGACAGACCGGAGCAGGCCAUCGGAUUCAAGCUCUUUCCCGAGCACAUCUACCGCGACCCGGAGACCAUGGCCUCUCUGCUCGCCGACGCUACCGUCAAGAAGAUCGUCCUGCGCCGCGGCAACGCGGUGGCUGCGUACGUUUCCCAGCGACGCGCACUGCUGACGGGGCAGUUUCUCCAGGUGCAGCAGCCUGGUAAUGUCUCCAUCCGCAUCGACCCCGACGAGCUGCAGGACCACCUCGCCAACUACGAGAGCUGCUACGCCACCUACUCCCGUCUUCUGGCGGGACAGGCGUUCCACGAGAAGGGCUACUCACCAGCCCAACUGAUACUGCUGCAGCAGCCAGUGCGACAGAAUGCCAAGAGGAGGUGCAAGAGCAUCUGGACCAGCAGCAGAACACGAAAACGAGAGGAGAACCGAAAGACGCGCUUGCAAUGGCAAGGACCUUGA